AGCCUCUCUUUCCCUUCCCAAAAGUCAACGCCUUUUUCUUCUUCUUCCCCUUGCUUCUUAUUUUCUUUCUCAUUUCCCUGAAAAUUUGAGAGCAAAUAAUAGAGAGAGAAGGGAAGGGAAGAAAAUAAAUCUUUCAAUUAUUUUUGGGUUAUGGGCAACGGUUCCUGCAAAUUGAGCUUCUGUUUCACGGGCGGUGGCGGAUAUGCCAGAGAAGAAGCUCGUCGUAGAAAGGAAAUAUCCAUGUUACUAUCCGAUCCUCUCGACGAAGGCCUUGGUCACUCCUUCUGCUACGUUAGGCCCGACCCGACUCGUCUCUCUUCCUCCAAGGUCCAUUCCGAAGAAUCCACCACGACCUUCCGUACGAUCUCCGGCGCCUCCGUCAGUGCCAACACUUACACGCCGCUUUCUACGGCCCUGGUGGACCCGUACGUCAGCUACAGCAACGGCUGCUUCGAUAGGGCGGCAGCUUUCGAGAGCACGACGUCGUUUUCCUCGAUCCCGCUUCAGCCGAUUCCGAAGAGCUUGAUAAACUCUUCGGGACUGAUGUCGGGUAGUCUCGUUCCGGGUUCGGGUCCUUUGGAAAGAGGGUUUAUGUCCGGGCCGAUCGAGAGGGGGUUCAUGUCGGAUCCUCUUGAUAAUAUUAACUACAAUUAUAGUCGGGGGUUAUUUUCGGGUCCACUGGAAAAAGGUUUUUCCUAUCAGUUCCAAAGAAGCUUUUCUCAUGGAGCUUUUGCCUUUAAACCCAGAUCGAAAAAAGGUUCUUUAAUUCGGGUCCUCCAAAGAGCAAUCUCGAAAACCGUUUCUCGCGGCCAAAAUUCCAUCGUGGCUCCGAUUAAAGGUGUGGUUUCAAUUAAAGAACCCGAAUGGAUAGUCGGGUCCGAAAAGAACCCGAUUCAUAAUCACAACGAGAAUUUGACGGUCAGUAGCUUGAACCUGAGCAGCGAGUGCAGUUUAGACGAUGAUGAGUCAUUGGAAAGUCAAAUUCUUCACUGGGCGCAAGGGAAAGCCGGCGAGGACCGAUUGCACGUCGUCGUUUCGGAGGAACACGAAUGGAUUUUCGUUGGGAUUUAUGAUGGAUUCAACGGCCCUGAUGCACCAGAUUAUUUGUUAUCAAAUCUAUACUCCAAUAUUCAUAAAGAACUCGAGGGUUUAUUGUGGGAUGAUGGGUUUGAACAAGCCCCUGCAACUUCCCCUGAAGACGAAAAACAGAGCAGCAGGGAAUCUGAUUCAGAAUCAACUAGGGAUUGUUCCUAUGAUGCAUGUUCAAGGUGUUUAGAGCAAGAAAAUUUUCCGGGCAAGAUAGAAGAUGUAUAUCGGAAUUUGGGUUCGAAACCGAAAGAAGGAAGGAAUUCGAAGGUGAAGUAUAAAGGUGCGGCGACAAGGUGGGAAGAGAAUAAGAGGAGAUGGAAGUGUGAAUGGGAUAGCGAAAGAUUAGAACUUGAUAGGAAAUUAAAGGAACAGCUGAGUCGAAAUAAGUCGGGUGGUUCGAGAUCGAUGACCAUAAACCAUGAGGAUGUUUUGAAUGCUUUGUCUCAUGCUUUGAAGAAAACAGAGGAGUCUUAUUUGGAUAUUGCUGAUAAGAUGUUGAUGGAGAACCCAGAGCUGGCUUUGAUGGGUUCUUGUGUACUCGGUAUGUUGAUGAAAGGAGAGGAUGUUUAUGUGAUGAAUGUUGGGGAUAGUAGGGCAGUUUUGGCCCAAAAAACCGAGCCCGAUUAUCGGUUGGGAAAGGUUAGGCAAGAUUUGGAGAGGAUCAAUGAAGAAACAUUGCAUGAGCUUGAAGGCUUUGAUAGAGAUCGAUCAAAUGUAAUCCCUGAUUUAACUGCUUUUCAGCUUAGCGUCGAUCACAGUACCAGUGUUGAAGAGGAAGUUGAAAGAAUCAUAAACGAACAUCCCGAUGAUGCUUGUGCGUUGAUGAAUGACCGAGUUAAAGGUUCUUUGAAAGUCACUCGAGCUUUCGGUGCUGGUUUUCUCAAGCAGCCUAAAUGGAAUGAUGCAUUGCUAGAGAUGUUCAGAAUAGAUUACAAAGGAACCUCUCCAUACAUCACUUGUGUUCCAUCUCUCCACCACCACAAACUAGGUCCCAAAGACAGGUUUUUGAUAUUAUCUUCCGACGGCCUCUAUCAAUACUUAACAAAUGAGGAAGCCGUAUCCGAGGUCGAACUUUUCAUCACAAUGCAACCAGAAGGAGAUCCUGCUCAGCAUCUAGUUGAGGAAGUGCUGUUCCGAGCAGCAAAGAAAGCUGGCAUGGACUUUCAUGAGUUACUCGAAAUACCACAAGGGGAUCGACGGCGGUACCACGACGACGUUUCCAUUAUAGUUAUUUCAUUAGAGGGAAGGAUAUGGAGAUCUUGUGGUUAAGUAGAGAAAACAACAGGUAGAAGAUAUAGAGAUAUCCGCUAAAAGAAGUCGAAAUUUCCCCCUUUUUUCAUUUUUUUUCCGGUGACCAUUGUAACAUAAUAGCUAUUAAGCUCCUCCAAGACCCUGAGGAACUUGGCUGUUUAAAGGUGUAAAAGCCGGUUCAUGUUGAUUAUACAAACUGUCAUAAAAAAAUGUAAUUCUACUAAUAAAUGACAAAUCCUUUUGA